AUGCCUGAAUUAUAUCCUUCUCCUGCAUCCACUUCUGACAAUGAGAAUUCCCUCAAUGAGUACCAGCCCCUCACUCUCACUCCUGCAGACAUUUCAGCUACUAUGUCGAUGUCUGCAUCGUGCAUCCGCGCAUCCAUCUCCCAAUAUCAGGCGGAGGCUCCAAACAACAAUCUUCCCCCUUUGGCUCGGAUCAGGCACUUCAAAGCCAGGCUGCAAUGGGAGAUCACUACUUUUGUCACUCCCAUCCUCCAGUACUCAGCUGCCAGGAACAUCAUUUCGGUCGUUCCCAGCCUAUUGCUCAUAUUCUUCAUUUGA